AUGGCGGAAAACGUCUACAGCAAGGGAACCAGGGUCUGGUUCGUAGACAAAGAGCAGGCAUGGAUCUCCGCUGAGGUCACUUCUGUCACGAGAAACGACGACAAGAUCAAGCUGGUCUUCGUAGAUGAACGCGGCAAGGAAAUCACUAUCGACACCACUGUCAAGGACAUCAGGAAUGGCCACGAAAGCUUACCGCCACUGCGGAAUCCGCCACUACUGGAGACUGCAGACGAUUUGGCCACCCUAUCCCACUUGAACGAACCUUCCGUGCUCCACACCAUCCGCAACCGAUACGCCCAACACAGUAUAUACACCUACAGUGGAAUCGUUCUCAUUGCAGUCAAUCCUUUCCAACGCGUCACUCUUUAUGGACCCGAGAUCAUCCAAGCAUACAGUGGGCGUCGGAGAGGAGAGCUAGAGCCUCAUCUUUUUGCAAUCGCGGAAGAUGCGUAUACCGCAAUGCGGAGGGACGGAAUGGGGCAGACCAUCAUUGUUUCCGGUGAAAGUGGUGCUGGAAAGACUGAAUCCGCCAAACUCAUCAUGAGGUACCUUGCCUCUGUGAACCCUCCGGAUUCGCCUGCCAAAGCGAAGACCAAACUGUCACUGGAUGAAGCGAGCGAGGUGGAACGACAGAUUCUCGCUACCAACCCCAUUCUCGAAGCUUUCGGUAACGCCAAGACCACCCGUAAUGAUAACUCAUCUCGGUUUGGUAAAUAUAUUCAGAUCCUCUUCGACGGACAACAGCAAAUUGUCGGGGCGAGAAUACGGACGUACCUGCUCGAGCGUUCUCGGCUUGUCUACCAACCGCUUACCGAGCGGAACUAUCACAUCUUCUACCAAUUAUGCGCAGGUGUGCCAGUGAAAGAACGAAAAGACAUGGGUUUGGAUACCGACGUCUCCAAGUUCUUCUAUAUGAAGCAGGGCGGUCCUGUUGCAGCUACCAUUCCUGGAGUAGACGACGCAGAGGAGUUCAGGGCCACCCAACAAGCGCUUUCGACUGUAGGAAUCAGCAUUGACAAGCAAUGGGCAGUCUUCAGGCUCCUGGCUGCUCUGCUCCACCUCGGGAACGUGAAAAUCACGCAGAUGCGGAACGACGCUCAGUUGGACGAAAAUGACUCUGCACUGCUGCUGGCGACUAGAUUCUUGGGUGUGGACUUGCCAGAGUUCAAGAAAUGGACUAUCAAGAAGCAGAUCACGACGCGGUCUGAAAAGAUCGUGACGUCCCUCAAUGCCGCUCAAGCGACCGUGGUGCGAGACUCGGUUGCGAAGUUUGUAUACGCUUGCUUGUUCGAAUGGCUCGUUGCUAUCAUCAACGAGUCACUGGCGGGUGAAAACGGCGAGGCCGCAAACAGGGCGGAGAUGUUCAUCGGCGUCUUGGAUAUUUACGGCUUCGAACAUUUCCAAAAGAACUCGUUCGAGCAGUUCAGUAUCAACUAUGCCAACGAGAAACUGCAGCAGGAGUUCUACGCGCACGUGUUCAAACUUGAGCAAGAUGAAUAUGUUCGGGAAGAAAUUAACUGGACAUUCAUCGACUUCCAGGAUAACCAGCUGUGUAUCGAUGUGAUUGAAGGGAAGCUCGGUGUCUUGGCCCUCCUUGAUGAAGAGUCCCGCCUGCCGUCUGGUACCGACGCUUCCUUCUUGACGAAGUUGAACUCUCAGCUGUCGAAACCGGAGUACAAGAAGGUUUUCAAGAAACCUCGUUUCGGCAAUACCGCCUUCACAAUUGCUCACUACGCCUUGGACGUGACUUACGAGGUGGAAGGGUUCUUGGAAAAGAACCGAGACACUGUACCGGACGAGCACAUGUCUCUGCUCGCGACAACCAAGAAUCCUUUCUUGAAGGAGGUCCUCGACGCUGCUCUCAAUUCCACGAAGCCCCCCGAAACCCCCAACCCUGGCUCGCCUGCUCCAUCAGAUUCAGGUAGCGGAGGCUCCCGCCGCUCGUCCCUCAUUCCUGAUCCUGGUCGGUCGUCGAUCGUUCAAGGUGGCUCCGGCUCCAGUAGCGGCCCCAGGCGACCCGGAGCAGCCAUCAAAAAGCCCACACUGGGUUCUAUUUUCAAGUCUUCGCUCUCGAGUUUAAUGGAUACUCUGAGUAUAACAGAAGUACACUACAUACGCUGCAUAAAGCCUAACGAAGCCAAGAAGGCGUGGGAAUUCGUGCCUCAGCAAGUUCUGGGUCAACUUCGGGCUUGCGGUGUUCUGGAAACUAUCCGUAUCAGUUGCGCGGGCUACCCUACCAGAUGGACGUACGAGGAGUUCGUCGAGCGGUACUACAUGCUGGUUGCUUCGUCGCAAUGGGGCCCUGCCAUCCAGAAAAUGGAACUUAAACCUCUUACGACAGAGAUUCUCGAGAAGACAAUCGCGGACCCGGAGAAAUACCAGUUCGGUAAGACCAAGAUCUUCUUUCGUGCCGGUAUGUUGGCAGCCUUGGAGACAUUACGCUCGAACCGCUUGAACGGUCUGGUCACUGUGGUGCAGAAGAACAUGCGUCGCCGUAUGGCGGUCAAGCGCUACCAAGCAAUGCGCAAGGCAGCCAUCAAGAUCCAGACAUGGUGGCGAGUCAUCAUGGCAAAGAACCUUGUCAACAAUAUCAGACGCGAGGUUUCGGCCAUCCGUCUGCAGAAGGCUGUCCGCCGAUUCGUGCAGAGGCAGAAAUUCCUCAGCACGCGGCAGGCUGUUGUGCGAAUCCAGAGCCACAUUCGCGGUGCUCAGGCUCGCAAGGCUUUCGGUAAUAACCGGAAAGAGUUGGGUGCAAUAAUGUUGCAAAGACUCUUCCGUGGCAUUCUGGUCCGUCGCUCGUUCCGAUCAGACGUCAAGCACGUCGUCUACCUGCAGUCAUGUCUCCGCCGGCGACUUGCCCGCAAGCAGCUUAAGUUACUCAGGCAGGAGGCUCGGUCAGCAUCCAAAUACAAGGAGAUAUCAUACAAGCUGGAGAACAAGGUGGUCGAACUCACGCAGUCCCUUCAGUCGCGGACGGAGGAGAAGCGGCAGCUGCAGGCGAAGCUGUCAGAAAUCGAGCAACAACUCCAGCAUUGGAUCUCCAGACAUGAAGAUGCCGACUCCCGUGCGAAGCAGUUCCAGGCUGAAGUCCUCGCUACUCAGGCCGAAUUGUCUAAACGAGAUGAGUUACUUCGGGCCAAGGAAGAGGUCGAGAAGCGGCUCGAGGAAGCCAUAGCCAAAGCCGUCGAGAAGGAGGAAAUUAUCCAGAAGCUUACCGAUGAUUUGAUCAAGCAAGCUGCUCAGCUUGAGAGUCAGCAGAAGAUGAUCGAAUCCAUGCCUUCCAGAACAACGGAAGACAGCUCUGUUAUCACCACGCUCAAGAAUGAAGUUAGUAGUCUUCGCGAGCAACUCAACCGUGCCAAUGCUCUGAACGCAUUGACGAAGAACAGUCGCAUGGAGCCGCCAUCAUCACCUACUUUUGCACCCUCAUUGCGGGUCGGCGAGCCUAAUGGAACAGCGGCGAACGGAAACAACGCUGCUAACGGUUAUGCCCCUACAAAUCGGCAUCAACGUCGUCAUAGCUCUGCCGGUGUCUACAACAUCACACCUGCAGAUAACCGUGCUUCCGCAGACGAGGUCAUGAUGAUGGCCAAGCGUAAUCAUGCGACGGAGCCGCGUGCUGUGUCUGUGGCAUACAACGGCGAAGACGGUCUUCCCAGAUUCAGGCCACCCACGAGUCUGUCGAGUAUAUACGAUGACCCCGCCGACGAGAAGAUCAGGCUAUUGCAAGAUGCCAAGCGCUUAGAUGAGGAUGUAUUGGACGGCCUCAUCCGGGGUCUGAAGAUCCCCGCGCCGAGUCUCACGAAUCCUGCAGCCAUGAAAGAGAUCCUCUUCCCCGCUAAUCUCAUCAGCUUGGUGACCAAUGAGAUGUGGAGAUACGGGCUGAUUCCUGAGAGCGAGAGAUUCCUAGCCAAUGUCAUGCAAACUAUCCAGGCACACGUCAUGUCUUUCAGCGGAGAAGAUGCGAUUAUUCCUGGUAUCUUCUGGCUAUCAAACGUUCAUGAGAUGCUGUCUUUCAUCUGCGUGGCUGAGAGUGAUAUGCUGCAAGGCAUCGGACCAGGCGACGAGAACGCUGUCCGUCCGUUCGAUUGGGGCGACUAUGAGCGCUUGGUGUCGGUUGUCAAGCACGAUCUUGACAGUCUCGAGUACAACAUCUACCAUACGUGGAUGCAGGAGACGAAGAAACGUCUGUCGAAGAUGGUCAUCCCGGCCCUGAUUGAGAGUCAGUCAUUACCUGGCUUCACAACCAGUGAUGGUGGCGGACGCCUGUUCAACCGUUUGCUCAAUUCGAACAGCCAACCGGCAUAUAACAUGGACGACAUCCUCAACCUCCUCAACAAGGUCUGGAAGAGUCUGAAGAGCUACUACAUGGAGGAAUCGGUGAUCCAGCAAGUUAUCACAGAGCUUCUGAAACUUAUCGGCGUGACGAGCUUCAAUGACCUUCUGAUGAGGAGGAACUUCUCGUCCUGGAAACGCGCUAUGCAGAUCCAGUACAAUAUCACGCGAAUCGAGGAGUGGUGCAAGUCGCAUGAUAUGCCCGAGGGUACCUUGCAAUUGGAGCACUUGAUGCAAGCAACGAAACUGCUUCAAUUGAAGAAGUCUACACCGGCUGAUAUCGAGAUCAUCUAUGAUGUUUGCUGGAUGCUUAGUCCCAUGCAGAUUCAGCGCAUGUGCACGAACUACUACGUCGCUGAUUACGAGAACCCUAUAUCGCCCGAGAUCCUCCGGGUUGUCGCAUCCCGAGUGAACGCUAAUGACCGUAACGACCACCUCCUCCUUUCUCCAGAGACGGAAGAAGUUGGCCCCUACGAACUGCCACUACCGCGCGAAGUCUCCGGACUGGAGACGUACGUGCCCGCAUAUCUCAAUGUAUCACAUCUCCGAAGAUUAGCAGCUCUGGUAGCAUAAUCUUCUCUGCAUCAUGUCGGUCUGAUUGCAUAUAAGGAUUGGUUGUAAUAUUUACUUAGCAGCUCUCGUACAGCACGUUUUCGUAUUCUGCACUAUUAUCGAUGUUAUCUUCUUUUCGAACCUAUAGAGCACGAUAUACCCCUUCCGGUCGCCUCCAAGGCCAAAAUAACAUUUCAUGCCUGUGAUGAAUCAUGUCGCAUGUAGUACCAAAUGAGAGCCGUCUUCGAC